AUGUCGAUGGUAGCAACGAGAGAAAGGCGUGCAAACGCCGGAAAUCGUAUGUAUGAGUUGUUGCAACGUGAACUGGAGUUAGAUGAAAUGUUUAUGGAAGUAGAAAAUGAUGAAGAGUUUGAUGUAAAUAUGGAUGAGGAUGACGUCUUUGAUUCAGAUUUCGAUCAAAGCAGUGGAGCUGAAGAUGAGGCUAACAAUGAUGAUGCUGAACAACAAAUCCUCAUGGAAGAAAAGAAAGAGAAAAAAGCGGCAAAAAAGAAAAUAUUGGCACCGUUAGGUCCCGUAUUGCGAAAUCGAAAACGUCUUGAAGAGAAAGCAAUACCAACAGUUUCUGCUGAAAAAAUUGCAUCAAUGCCUGGAGCUGAUGAAUAUAUGAUUCGAAAGCCUGCCCGAACAAAAAAACCUGCUCCUAUAGCGAUUCCCGUUUUAAAUGGUGUCCGCUCUUCUUCACGUCGACAAACGGCUCAACUACCAAAACGUGAAAAACCUGUCGAAAGACCAAAAACUCAAGAAGAAUUACUUGAGGAAGCUAAAAUUACUGAAGAGGAAAAUUUACGCUCCCUACGAGAGUUCCAAUUACGAGAAGCUGAAAAGAUUGAAAUGGCAAGACCAUUCAGAAAAAAUAAAAUAGAGGGACCUUUCAUUCGUGAUAUUUCAUAUAUUGAGGGUGAUGACAAUAGAUAUCGACAAAAGAAACUUAUAAUGGAAGUGUCAAGCGGGGAGGAUGGUAAAAAUAUAUCACGUGAAUUAACGAAUGUUCAAUGGUGGAAUGGUGCAGAUGGAUUUGGCGAUGAAGAAGCUGAUAAAAGGCAAGCUCGAAAACUAAUAACAUUUGAGGGAUUUUCGAAUAGGGAAUGUACAGAACUAUUUGAAGAAUGGCGGCAGAAACCUCAAAAGGUAAAAAAGUGCAUAUGUCCAUUUACUGGCCUCACCGCAAAAUAUAAAGAUCCUGAAACUGGAAUUCCUUAUGCCACAGUUGACGCCUAUAAAAAGCUUCAACGGAUAUUGAGUCAUGAGUUUGUAUGGUCACCAAUAUUAAAUGCAUAUGUUCAUGCAGCAGAACAGCGAUCUGCAACAGGAACUCCGGAAGGAUUUGCAGCUUUCUCAGUCCCGCAAGAAAAACCAAGACGUGAAAGAAGAACUAGAUAA